AGAGCAGUCCGCGAGUGGCCGUCGACAGAGACGCGCCUAUUUUAGUAGUAACAUGUGCAAUAAAUAUUAAAUCAAUCAUGACUCCGGCGUACGUAGUGUCUGCGAUAGUGGCAUCCUACAUGUGUAUCGUGCAAGGACCAGCAUGCAGGCUCCCACAUUUGAAGCAGGGGAUGAAGCAAUAUCUACUGAACAAACUACGCCAUAGAGAGAACAGUCUCGACAUAGAGUCUACGUGCAACACACCCAGCGGCGCGAUCGGGGAAUGCAUCGGGAUAUACAACUGCGAAUCACUACUGGCAGUGCUCCAAAAUGCCAACAGGACCCCACAGGAUACACAGCUCUUGAGAAAGUCACAGUGCGGCUACGUGGGUGACGAACCACAGGUAUGCUGUCCCAAAAAGACACAACUAUUAGAUCGGCGAUGCCUCACUCUAGGUGGUACAGAAGGCACCUGCAUAGGUCUCUACUCCUGCCCCCAGUUAACCAAACUGCUGCAGCCACCCGUACCAAAACAGAACAUGCUUCAUGUCCAAAAUUCACGAUGUGAGAGUCCAGAUCAAUACAGCGUCUGCUGCGGGUCGGAGCCCGACGUGGCACCAGCCCCCAAGCCGAGCCGUGCUUGCACCGCCUCGGUAGCACCACCCGAUCCCCGCUCCGAAUGUUGCGGCUUGGACGGCAGUGGAGGCAAUCGGAUUUUCGGUGGAAAUGUAACCGCCAUCGACCAAUAUCCUUGGCUGACGCUGAUAGAAUAUAAAUCAGUUAGAGACAACAGAAUCAGGCUCUUGUGCGGCGGCGCUCUCAUUAGCGGGAGGUACGUGCUGACGGCCGGCCAUUGCGUCGCUGGACCCGUGCUCAAUGUGGGAACACCGAGCAACGUGAGACUGGGCGAAUACGAUGUUUCGCAUGAUGGUCCAGACUGCGUGGAUGCGGACGGUGGCGGGACUGACUGCACGGAUGGAGCUAUGGUGAUAGCCAUCGAGAAAGUGAUACCUCAUCAGCUCUACGACCCCAACGCCAAGCUCAGAAGGAACGACAUAGCAUUGCUACGACUUGCCGAAAUGGCGCCCUACACUGAAUUUAUUCGACCGAUCUGUCUUCCUUGGUUGGACAAUGUAACCAGCCCUCAAAGACUGGAGGUGGCGGGUUGGGGCGCCGUCAGCGACAUCCAGAGCUUCAGCAAUAUCAAACUACACGUCGACUUGCCGCUCGCCAGUAAAUCUAAAUGCGAGCCGUAUUACUCGCAACGGGAAGUGCCGCUUUGGAAAGGACAGAUAUGCGCAGGCGGUGAGAAAGGCAAGGACUCCUGCAAGGGCGACUCCGGCGGGCCUCUGAUGAAUGAAAACGGCAGGCUCUGGGAGGUGGUGGGCGUCGUCAGCUUCGGGCCAACGCCCUGCGGCAUGGAAAACAUCCCGGGGGUCUACACUAAAGUGUACGAGUACUUACCCUGGAUAAGGACCCAAAUAAAGCCGUGAUCGAAGUGGUUUUAAAAGGAUUGAAUGUGAUAAUGUAAUUUUUUGGUUGUUGUAUGGUAAAUAAUUAUUAGUUCUACAGUCACAUUUUGCUGCCAUGCAUUGAUUUUGUGAAAUAAAACGGAUAGCAAGGAUUAUUAUUAAACAAAUAUUAAGAUUAA